AUGUUAACUUAUGGAGUAGCAGCUGAUGCUACAGAUGAUUAUAUCCGUAUUGGUGAGAGUACUGCUAUUGAGAGUCUGAGAAAGUUUGUCAGUGCUGUUGUUGAGAUUUUUGGAGAUGAGUACUUGAGAUCACCUAAUGAAGAUGAUACUGCUAGAUUACUUGCCAUUGGAGAGAGUAGAGGUUUUCCUGGUAUGCUUGGGUCGAUUGAUUGUAUGCAUUGGAGGUGGAAAAAUUGUCCUUCGGCAUGGCAAGGUAUGUAUACCGGGCAUGUGCAUGAGCCUACAAUUAUACUUGAAGCUGUUGCAGAUAAAGAUCUUUGGAUUUGGCAUGCUUUCUUUGGGAUGCCUGGUUCCCACAACGACAUCAACGUUUUGCACCGGUCUUCUUUAUUCGCACGGCUAGCUGAAGGUCAAGCUCCAAAGGUGAAUUAUACCAUUAAUAAUAAUGAAUAUACAAUGGGUUAUUAUCUUGCUGAUGGCUUAUAUCCCUCGUGGGCUACAAUUGUGAAUAGUAUACCUGAACCACAAGGUAGCAAGAAGAAAUAUUUUGCAACUGCCCAAGAAGCUUGUAGGAAGGACGUGGAACGAGCAUUUGGGGUUUUACAGUCUCGUUUCGCUAUCGUUAGGGGGGCAGCUCGAUUUUGGGAUCAAGACACCAUCGGACAAAUCAUGAGGGCUUGUGUCAUUAUGCACAACAUGAUAGUUGAGAAUGAGCGCGAUGAGGGAGAUGAUUUAAAUUAUGAUGGGGUGGGUGAAAAGGUGAAUAUUUCUCACGAUGAAACACCUGAACUUGAGGAGUUUAUUAAAAAUUACAGGGAUAUAAGGGACAAAGAUAUUCACAAUCAGCUUCAAGAUGACCUCAUUGAGCAUCUGUGGCAACAUCAUCCAGACCUCUACAAAUGA